UAUACAUGCCGGCGCGGGGAGGUCCUGCCUCCCCGAGGUACUUUCGCCCCAGGUCUCCCCAAUCCUCAGUCCACCCCAUCUUCUGCUCAAGUCCAACCAACUCCACUCCGCCGCCCCAUGUCCAUGACCGGGGAGAUGAUGAGGCUGCUUCCUACCCUGCCCAAUUCUUGACCUGACUUUAUCUCUCAUCCCAGAAUCAAGAUUAGUUCCAAGAUAGCAACAGUUAGGUCGGUCUCCUAUGCUGAUUUGUGUGUGUUCAACUUCAAUCCCGCCGCGGCUGAUGCAAUUUUAGUCGGGGAUGCAGUUGAAAUUCGAGAUCUUUGGUUGCCCGUGCCAAUAACAGGAGGAUCCAGAAAGGGUAGGGGCUAAAUGGAAGCCAGGUUCCUGCAGGAAGGCGGCCAAACUGGUUUGGAGAAAAUGUCCAGUGGUCUCAAGAACAAGAAGAAGGGCCACGAGUGGGAUUUGAACGACUGGAGAUGGGACAGCGACAUGUUCCUCGCCACGCCCUCAUCAAAUUCCGACGCUCCGUCCGGGCGUGGCAGCAGGGAGCUGGAGCGAGCUGAUGAGGGUACCAGUUUUGGUGUUGCUGACAAGAGGAGGAGAGUUUCAACGGCAAAUAACAAUGAGGGAUGCAGCAUUGCUGUGGUCACUAACGGGGAUCAUGACAGGAUUGUUGUUAGGAGAGGACAGAGCAGCGAAGAAGAGAGACCUCUAAAUGCAGCAGGUGCAUGUUCUAGUUCUGCUCCAUAUUGCCAAGUUGACGGCUGCCACGCUGAUCUCCGCAGCGGCAGGGACUACCACAAGAGGCACAAAGUGUGUGAAGUACAUACCAAGUCCACUCUUGUUCGUAUAAAAAACAUAGAGCAUCGGUUCUGUCAGCAAUGCAGCAGGUUUCACCUUCUUCAAGAAUUUGAUGAAGGGAAGAAGAGCUGCCGCUCACGUCUGGCAAAACAUAAUGGAAGGAGAAGGAAAACCCCAGCCCAGGCUGGGAAUUCCUCAAGUGAAAAUCAUUCUCUAACAAACACCUUACUCCUCCUGUUGAGACAACUUGCUGGACAAGAUUCUGGUAGCUCAUCUGAGCAAAUCAAUGGUCCGAACUAUUUGGUUAAUCUUUUGAAAAACCUUGCUGCUAUUUCUAGCACACAGACAUAUCAAGAUAUGCUAAAGAAUGCAAGUUCUGCUGCAAUAUCAUCAAAUGCUGGCAACUAUGUUGUGAAUGGAUUUACCAUACAAGAGCAAGCUGGACAACCAAUUCCUGGAACUGAAUCCUCUGCAGAAGAGCCUCCAGUAAAAAGACACAUGAAGAAUUUUGAUCUGAAUGAUGCUUAUGUCGAAGAUGAUGAGAGCCGAACAGAUAAAAUUGUCUUCAAGCUCUUUGGGAAAGAGCCAAACGAUUUUCCUACCGAUCUACGUGCACAGGUCAUUUACCAUAUGCAAACUGGAAUAGUGUGUCUCUUAACAAAUUUAUCUCACAAGUCUUUUUUACCAAAUCGUUGCUAUUUGCAGAUCCUUAACUGGUUAUCACAUUACCCAAGUGAUUUGGAAAGCUAUAUUAGGCCUGGUUGUGUCAUUUUAACUAUUUACCUUCGCCUUCCUAAUUGGAUGUGGGAUAAGCUUAAUGUCGAUCCAGCUCCUUGGAUAGAAAAUCUUAGUAGCAUAUCGACUCAUGGUUUCUGGGAAACAGGAUGGCUAUAUGCUAGGGUGCAGGACCACCUGACAUUAAGUUGCAAUGGCAGGCUUAUGUUAGUGUCUCCCUGGCAACCCAUAAUAGGUGACAAGCAUCAGAUACUGUCUGUAACUCCUAUUGCAGCUGCUUGUUAUUCAACAGCAAACUUCUCAGUGAGAGGUUUCAACAUAGUUCAACCAACCACAAGAUUACUUUGUAUAUUUGGUGGCAAAUAUUUAAUCCAGGAAGCAACAGAAAAACUACAUGAUGAUACUAUGAUGCAGCAAGGCCCUCAAUGCCUGACCUUCUCUUGCUCCUUUCAUAGUACAAGUGGAAGAGGGUUCAUAGAGGUUGAAGAUUAUGAUCAAAGCAGCCUUUCCUUUCCUUUUAUUGUUGCUGAAGAAUCUAUAUGUUCUGAGAUCCGAAUGUUGGAGGGAAAAUUGAACAUAAUUACAUUUGGUGAUACCUUGGAAGAACAAGAGGUCCUGAUGGCUUCUCGCAGCCGUGCCUUAGAGUUUCUACAUGAGAUAGGCUGGUUUCUUCAAAGGAGCCAUGCACGAGCUACAUCUGAGGCUCCACUAUUUUGUACUGAGGGUUUUCCAGUUGCAAGAUUUAGAUGGCUCCUAUCCUUUGCGGUUGAUCAUGAAUGGUGUUCUGUUCUAAAGAAGCUUCUCGACACCUUGUUCCAGGGUAAUAUUGAUCUGGAUGUCCUCUCACCAGUUGAGUUUGUCCUGGGAGAAGGUUUAGUAUUCACCGCUGUCAACAAGCGUUCAAAGCCUUUGGUUAACUUCCUGUUAACAUACACAAUGAAGUCUGCACAGGUGGACAGUGGAGCCGUGGCACCAACUCGGUUCCUGUUCACACCUGACGUAACUGGUUCAUCAAAUAUAACACCUCUUCAUAUUGCAGCUAGCAUCACUGAUGCUGCUGAUGUUUUAGAUGCUUUAACUGAUGAUCCUCAACAGCUAGGAUUGAAAACCUGGAAAAGUGCCCGUGAUGCUACUGGGUACACUCCAGAGGAUUACGCUCGGAGGAGAGGACACAUAUCCUACAUCCAGAUGGUUCAGAACAAAAUCAACAGCAGGUUACCUGAAGCCCACGUGUCUCUUUCCAUGACUAGCAGUCCAUCUACCACUCAUAUACAUGUGGGUCGAUCGAAGUCUAUUAAUCAAGCCGCAUUUCAUGUGGAGAAAAGCAGACAUAACGACAAGCAAUCACCUAGCUGCAGACAAUGUGUCCAGCUCCAGCACAUUGCUUACCAUCCCCGUCCGAACAGGUUCUUGUCGAACAGGCCUGCGGUGCUAUCCUUGGUCGCCAUUGCUGCCGUCUGUAUCUGCGUAGGCUUGAUCAUGCAGAGCCCCCCGAGCGUCGGCGGUGUGAGGGGCCCUUUCAACUGGAACUCUAUGCGUUGGGGCCCCAAGUGAUAAGACUGCCUACUGAGCUAGUCUAUAGACUCCAGAUGCUUGUGCUGUUGCGGACUUCAUAAGCUG